AGCGCCGCUUGAAUUAUGGGCAGACAAAAGGACGCUCUGCGGAAACUGGACGGGACCUUCCGGACCACAAACCGGCUCCUUCGCCAGGGCCUGGCCGAAUGCCUCGGGACGCUAAUCCUGGUGACCUUUUCUUGUGGUGGGGUGGCACAGUGGAUACUGAGUGCCGGUUCCCAUGGGACAUUCCUCUCUGUCAACUUUGCGGUGGGAGGCGGCGUUGCGCUGGGCGUCCUGGUCAGCGGCCCCAUCUCGGGUGGCCAUCUGAACCCCGCUGUGACCUUUGCAUUGUGUUUGCUUGGCCGGGAGCCCUGGAGGAAGUUGCCAUGGUUCUUCUUUUUCCAGACAUUGGGCGCAUUCCUGGCUGCCGCCAUCAUAUAUUGUCUUUACUUGGAUGCUAUACGGGAGUUUGGCCACGGGGAGUUGCUCGUGGUCGGAAAGAAUGCCACCGCUGGGAUUUUUGCCACAUAUCCUUCGAAACAUCUCUCUGUGCUCAAUGGAUUUAUGGACCAGGUUAUCGGAACCACAGCACUGGUUAUAGGUGUCCUCGCCAUCAUAGACCCUCGCAAUGAUUCAGUCCCGCCUGGACGGGAAGCUUUCCCUGUGGGCUUGGUGGUGACCGUCAUCGGCCUGACCAUGGGAUUCAAUGCUGGCUACGCCAUCAACCCCGCCUGGGACCUUGGACCUCGCCUCUUCACUGCCAUAGCAGGAUGGGGACUCGAGGUUUUCACAGUGAACGCCUAUUGGUCCGUCGUGCCCAUCACUGCCCCGUUUGUGGGUGCCAUGGUGGCAGUGAUGGUGUACCAGCUAAUGAUCGGAUGCCAUCACAGCAAGGACGAGCCAGAGAGGAAUCGAGAAGGACGCGAGGGGGAACAACUCAAACUGGCCAGUGUUUCAGCCAAUGAAGAAGACGCUUGA